AUGGUGGGCUAUAGAGCUAGUAGCAGAAGAGAGCUAUUGCUAGAGCUGCAGCUCCGUCACGAUUACAAUUCGGCAUUUCAGAUGACCGCAAAGCUACUCAAUGAUGCAUUGUUAACCAUGCAUCAGCAGCAUCAGUUCGGUCAGCUGUGUACGUCAUCACUGCUGCCAACGAACGAGGAGUCAUCGUAUGCCACUUACUGCGAUAAUAACCUGGGUGUACCAUGUCUAGGAGAUGAGUUCUCAGUAAACUGGAUGGAAGACUCCGACGAGGUAUCAUUACGUCUAUUUCCUUGA